GUCUUAUUCAUAAUCAUUUUUCACAUUUUAUCAAAUGCUUAUUAGAGGUUUAUAAAACGUUUGAUAAAAAUUGUUAUUCAUAAUCGUCAUUUAGCGCUAAAAUCCUCUUAUAACUGUGUGAUAAGUUAUCGAGAGCUCGGGCCUUGUUUAAAGCUCUAAUAAACCUAUUUUAACCUAACUUUUAUAAAUGUCAUUUCAUAUGAAUGUCACUUCGUUGGUUUAUUUAUUCAAAAUAUCCUUGCUGUGAUCCUUGCUUGUGAAAAUGAAUGCUAUAAAUGCAAUUGUGCAUUUAGCCAAUAAUGCCGACCCAGCGCGACGUAGAAAGCUCUACCGCCAACGAAGCAACCCAUUCGAUUUGCGGGACCUAAAUUUUAAAAUAAAAUAUAGGUUCAAUAAGGACACAGUGCGCACCAUCAUAGAUUUGGUGGAAGAUGAUCUGGUUCAGAGCGCUAGAGGUGGUGGCACGUGUCCUGAACUGCAAGUUUUAGUGGCCAUAAGAUGUUGGGGACGUCGUGAGGUACAAGAUGAUGCUGGUGACCUCCAUGGCCUAAGUCAGCCGACAGUGAGCCGGAUAUGCGCCAGAGUCGCGCAUGCAAUCGCGAAUAAGGCAAAUUCCUUCAUCAAAAUGCCUAUCACUAUAGGAGAGCAGGAAAGAAUUAGUGCCAAAUUUAGAGCAAUUAAAAAUUUUCCUGGGGUGAUAGGAGCCAUAGAUUGCACCCACAUUAAAAUUAAAAAAACCGGAGGUGACAUGGCCCAGUACUAUAUUAAUAGAAAAGGCUAUUAUUCCCUGAAUGUUCAGGUUGUCUGUGAUGCUGACCUCAAAAUAAUGGAUAUAGUGGCUAGAUGGCGAGGCAGUACACAUGACAGUCGAAUUUUUAUGGAGAGCAAUAUAAAACAACGAUUUGAGGAUAGGCAGUUUAGAGGACGCCUUAUUGGCGAUUCGGGCUACCCUCUUCUGCCAUAUCUAUUUACACCUAUUUUAAGGCCUAGUCGUCCAGAAGAAGAAGCAUACAAUAAUGCUCACAUCUCAACUAGGAACACUGUUGAAAGGUGUUUUGGGGUGUGGAAGCAGCGGUUCCAAUGCCUACUCCAUGGCUUACCAGUAAGCCUCCAAAAUGGAAAAGCUGUGAUCAUAUUAUAUAUCUGUAUUACAUAAUAUAGCCAUUGAUAUGAAUGACACAUUGUUAGAACAACAUAUGGAGCAGGUCCCUGUAACUCCGCAACUUUCGACGGAGAACAGUGUUCACGACAACCGACCUUCAUUGUUGAGGCGUAGGUCGCAGUUGAUACUACAAAAUUUUAUAAAUCAACAUUUUUGAAUGGUACUAAAAUACAUUUUGAUAAAUUCCAACGAUUUACUUUUAUGUAAUGUCAUUUGAGUUCAUGAAAAUGUUGUAUUUUAAUUUUUCAGAUACUGUUCCUGGCAUCUUAAUGAAAAUAAAAAGAAUAUUUGAUUGAAAAA